CUUAUUGCCUGUGUUAAUAAAUCUGUUUUCAGUGGACUAUGUGCAUCAGUCAAAGAGAUCUAUAGCAAUGAAGGACUUGGUGGAUUUUUUAGGUAGGAAAUGAAUGUUCUGUUACUGACUAAUUAUGUUACUAUGAUUUGAAUCGUCAUGUAGUUUCUUGCAAUAAUCAGUUUUUUAUAAGUGGAAUAAUUGAAAAAUUGAAUCAGCAGUAGUUGCACUCUUGGCUGAAAAUCAAUCAAAUGUAGCCAAGUGGUCCAGGCACAAAAUAUAGCUUGAACAAAAGAAGUGUUACUUUUAAUUAGAAAUUUCUCAUUCAGCAAGUACUUUGCUUAAUUCAAAAGCAACGAUUAACAAUGACAGUGGCUUUGCAAAGAAGAGUUUUGUGGCUAUUUGUUGAGAAAUAAUUCAACUAGGAAUCACCUAACAAUAGUAUUUAAUUUGUGUCCUGUUAAAUGUCAUCUAUUGCUGUCAACAGUGGUAUCAUUCCUCGUCUUGUUGGAGAAGUCCUGUCCCUUUUGUUAUAUCGAGGAGCUUGCUUCUUGGUCAGCAAAUAUGCUAUUGACAGUGAG